UCUUCGCGGGGGAAAACUUUUAACGAAUCGAAAAAAAACCUUAUCCAAACUUUUAAAAAAUGCCACUGGCUAUCUCUCUCCCAACCCCAUCUCCUUCUCACCUCUUCCCUCGCCGCCGCGUUCAUCCAAAUCUCCGAUAUCAACGCGUUUCCGUAACUCGAUCUUCCACCGAAGCGACGACCACUCAAAAGAACCAGACGGGCGUCAUCAUCGUCGGCGCUGGACUCGCCGGCUUAGCCGCCGCAACUCGCCUCGCCUCCGCCCAAAUCCCUUUCCUCCUUCUAGAAGCCUCCGACGGCGUCGGCGGCCGCGUCCGCACAGACACCACCGUCGACGGCUUCCUUCUCGACAGAGGGUUUCAGAUCUUCAUCACCGCGUAUCCCGAAGCCAAGAAGCUUCUCGACUACGAAGCGCUCGAUCUCCGGAGAUUCUACGCCGGAGCUAAGGUUUUCUACGGCGGGGAGUUUCACACCGUGGCUGAUCCUCUCCGUCACUUAUGGGACUCCGUGGCGUCUCUCGCGAACCCGAUCGGGUCCGUUGUCGACAAGGGGCUCAUCGCGCUGACUAGAGCUAGGGUUCUGGUUAGAUCAGACGAAGACAUUUUGACCAGCGCCGAAGAGGUUCUGACUAUCGAUCUCCUCCGGAAGAUCGGUUUCUCCGAUGAGAUCCUCGAUCGGUUUUUCCGGCCCUUCUUCGGAGGGAUUUUCUUCGACAGAGACCUCGAGACGACCUCGAAGCUCUUCGAUUUCGUGUUCCGGUGUCUCGCGCUCGGAGAAAACACGCUUCCCGCCAUGGGGAUCGGUGAGAUCCCUAACCAGCUGGCCGCGAAACUACCCGCUGAUUCCGUCUUGAUGAACACUAGGGUGGAUUCGAUCGAGUAUCCGAACGGGUCGGGUUCGGGUCCGCCUAUAGUGAGACUCCAAGACGGCGGCGUUUUGAGUGCUGAGUUGGGUGUGAUACUCGCCGUCGAGCUGCCACAAGUGGAUAAGCUUCUGAGUGGUAUCAGAGAACCGGUUAGUAGUAAACCGGCUCGGAGCACUGUUUGCAUUUACUUCUCAGCUGAACCGGAUCAGAUACCGGUGCAAGAUCCGGUUCUGUUUCUCAACGGGUCAAACGCCGGUAUCAUCAACAACAUGUUCUUCCCUACGAACGUUGCUCGAACGUACGCGCCGCCGGGAAAGGCUCUGGUUUCGGUGUCAUUGAUCGGUUCGUUCGAGGAUAGAUCAGAUGAUGAUUUGGCAGCAGAGGUUAUCAGAGAACUCUCUGGUUGGUUCGGUGAGUCUUUGGUUAUGUCGUGGAGACAUUUGAGAACUUACCGGAUCCAAUUCGCCCAGCCGAACCAAUGCCCACCCACUGAUUUGGUUAAGAAUCCUCGAGUCGGGUCGGGUCUUUACUUAUCCGGUGAUUACAUGACUUCUGCUACAUUUGACGGUGCUUUGGUCUCUGGGAGACGAGCUUUGGAAGCUUUGUUACGAGAAAAAGGGCUAGUUUGAGCUCUCUAUAAUUGAAUGUGUUGGUUGUGUUUAUUUUUGAGAUUCUUUUUGUAUCUAUAUUCAUGCCUUGUGUAGUAUGCAUCCUCUAAAAUGAUAUAUUUAUACCAUUGUCCGUUAA